AUGGCUAAGGAAGGCGUAGAGAAAGCGGAGGAGACUGAACAGAUGAUCGAGAAGGAGACCAGCAAGGAGCCUGCUGAGGGCGGCGACGGCUCCCACCGCCUCGGGGAUGCCCAGGAGAUGCGCGCUGUGGUGCUGGCCGGCUUCGGAGGGCUCAACAAGCUGAGGCUCUCUAGAAAGGCCAUGCCGGAGCCACAGGACGGCGAGCUCAAGAUCCGCGUCAAAGCCUGUGGCUUGAACUUCAUUGACCUGAUGGUGAGACAGGGAAACAUUGACAACCCUCCCAAGACACCCUUGGUGCCAGGAUUCGAAUGUUCUGGGAUUGUUGAAGCUCUGGGGGACAGCGUAAAAGGAUACGAGAUUGGAGACCGUGUCAUGGCAUUUGUCAACUACAAUGCCUGGGCUGAGGUGGUCUGCACUCCAGUGGAGUUUGUCUACAAGAUCCCAGAUGACAUGAGUUUCUCUGAGGCUGCUGCCUUCCCCAUGAACUUCGUCACUGCAUACACGAUGCUCUUUGAGAUUGCCAACCUCCGCGAAGGGAUGUCUGUGCUCGUGCACUCAGCCGGUGGUGGCGUGGGUCAAGCGGUGGCUCAGCUGUGUUCAACCAUUCCCAAUGUGACCGUCUUUGGAACAGCCUCUACUUUCAAGCACGAAGCCAUCAAAGAUUCUGUGACCCACCUCUUUGACAGGAAUGCCGACUACGUGCAAGAAGUAAAGAGGAUCUCGGCUGAAGGUGUGGACAUCGUUUUGGAUUGCCUGUGUGGGGACAACACUGGCAAGGGGCUCAGUCUCCUCAAACCUCUGGGGACUUACAUUUUAUAUGGUUCAUCCAACAUGGUAACUGGAGAGACCAAGAGUUUCUUUAGUUUUGCAAAGUCAUGGUGGCAGGUGGAGAAAGUGAACCCCAUCAAGCUGUAUGAAGAAAACAAAGUCAUCGCGGGAUUCUCGCUUCUCAACCUGCUCUUCAAACAGGGCCGCUCAGGCCUCAUUCGAGGGGUAGUAGAGAAGCUCAUAGGGCUGUACAACCAGAAGAAGAUCAAGCCUGUGGUGGAUUCGUUAUGGGCCCUGGAGGAGGUAAAGGAAGCCAUGCAGCGCAUCCACGACCGAGGGAACAUCGGGAAGUUAAUUCUGGAUGUGGAAAAGACCCCGACCCCGCUGAUGGCCAAUGACAGCACAGAGACCAGCGAGGCAGGGGAGGAAGAAGAGGACCAUGAAGGUGACAGCGAAAACAAAGAGAGAAUGCCCUUCAUCCAGUAA